AUGACUCAUUUCGUUGGUGUUGACUUUAAUUCAUUAUAUCCUUCAUCAUUUUCAUCUAAUCCUCAUGAUUUCAUUCAAUAUACUGACCAUAAAAUGUAUAUGCCGGGAAGAUUGAAUGGUGUUAUCAUUUGUGAUACAGCAACAAAGAAAGCAAAAGCACUGGGAAUUAUUAGAAAGAAAAAUACUUUAUUCGUGGCUGAAGUAAAGGGUCACAUUGAUGAAAAGUAUAUUAAUGAUUACAUUAACUUUUUACCGAUAAUAAGAAACUUAGAUAUUAUCACAGAUGAAAAAACAAUUGGCAGUUUUAUGUAUAAUUACAUGAAAUCAAAUAAUUUACCAGUUGACCAGAAACAGAGGAAAUUAACUCAGUUAGCAUCAACACACAACCAAUAUCAACCAUUUUCUUCUUAUUAUCUUUGGUAUCUAAUAGACAGAUUUCAUUUUAUCAUCGAUGAUAUUCAAUCAAUUUUAACAUUUACGAAAAACACUUGUUUUAAUGAAUUUGCGAACGAAUUUAUGAACGAAAGACAAAAGGCUGAAUUAGAAGGAAAUAAAGGAAAAAGUUGA